UGCAUUCAGGAUUUACAGAGGAGAGACAAAGACAGGAAGUAUGCAGAUUCAUUUAGCACUGAAGAUGUUGGUGGUGUUAGCGGUGGUGCUGCUGGCCCGCGGUGUGAGUGAGGCUCGGACGCUGAGCAAGUGUGAACUGAGGGAUCGGCUGAACACAACCCUGCCUGCAGAUGUGCUGGACUAUAUCGGCGAGUUGGCCAAACUUGUGUGCUUUGUGGAAAUGAGCUCUGGCUUUGACACCGCAAAGAGCCAUAAUAUCUCUGUUCCCGAGCUCUAUGGUACCAGUGAUGAAAGAUGUGAUGGUGAAUACCAGAGCAACACCACACACGGGUCGAGCAGCGAGGAGUCCGACGAAGACGAAGACGAGACAACUGAGCCCACCCUCACUACCAGUGCAGUCAACACAGCCAUCAGCCCCGGAGGACGAGCGUCCCACCACAACCGCAGGGCCAGGUCUGUGCAAAGGACGAGCUCUAGUGAAGAGGACGAUGAGGCUGAAGAGGAUGAUGAAGACGAUGAACGUGAUACCAGCGUCAGCAUCUCUCCUGCAGUCAACGUCUCUGCUACAUUACCUCCCCGAACCACCGGUACCCCCUUUAACAUUUCAACCUCCGCUGCUGUUCAUCGGAGACGCCGGUCUGCACACCAUGAGAAACCCAAGAACACUGAGGAGUGGAAGCUCUACGGUUUGUUCCAGUUGCCGGAUCACAUCGCCUGCUCUUCAGGAAGUCAGCAGUCACUCAACCUUUGCAAUAUGACCUGCAAUAGGCUGCUAGAUGAUGACAUCAGUGAUGACAUUACUUGUGUUGGGAUUGUCAUAAGAAAAAUGUUCAGCCUAUCAAAUGAGCAAUCUGAAGAGUAUGUCCAGGAACAGUAUCCUGCUAUCCCCCCAGAGUGUUGGGGUGUGAAGGACAGCCAGUAUUUCUCUAUCUGUUGA